AUGAGGAUAUUGGCAGUGUUAUGGACAGUAUGCCUAGUAAGGCUUUGUAGCGCAGGAUCUCUUUGCUGUUUUAGAGGAAGUAAGACAAAUGACGAUGAUAAUGCUGUUAUAACAGUACAAGGAGGUUCUAAUGAAGUCUCUACGGAGAAUCUCAGAGCAGUUCCACCUCAACCAACUGAACCUAAGGAAGAGGAUGCUACAGAAGCUCCUCAGUCUGUUCCUAGUGAAGGAUAUCCACAGGAAUUAGAUGCUCAGUCUGCUGGACAUGUUGACCCUACUCCCAUUAGUCUAGACCUUGCCAGUCCCGAUAAGGACAAGUCUCAGUCCUUCGACUAUUACUUUGGUACAAACGCAGUUCAACUCAUUGUUCCAAAGAAGGGUGUUAGUGUCUCCAAGCUAAUGAAUGGAACUGAAGAUAUCUACACUCUCUCAUCCGAGGAGACAUUCCAAUAUGCCAAAGUUUACCUCAAUAACGAUGGUCAACCUGAACUUGCGUUGAUUACUCUCGGGACAUCUUCUGGUCAUUCACAGAAGGCGUACUCCAAGAAUGGAAGUAAAUGGGAGCCUUGCACUGAUAGUAACGCCAAGAUGCUAAGUUUAAAGACCCCUACCGGAGCGAGGUUCUGCACUUCAGUUGACCUUUCAUUGGAAACUAGCACUGACAAUUGCACUGUCUUUGAAGUAGAAUUACUAGGCGUAACUACAAAACAAAUCUAUCCUAAGCUUGGGUACUUUGCCAAUAAAGUAAAGGAUAGAAAUAAGGACCUGUGGACUCCUUCAGAACCAUCGGGUGUUUGCCUUUCUUGCCUUAUUUACAGGAAAGGCGAUAAGGAGCUACUUGAGAUGAUUGUGGUAGAGAAAAAUUCAAUUGCCUAUAAAUACUUUGAGAGAGUUGGAGACGAAUGGAAAUCCAUCGAGAAGGAUCUAUUUUUAAAGAAACUAAAGGAGAUAAAGAGUGGAGCGACUAACCAGUCUGAAGAAACUCCUCCUAAAGAUACUACUCUUCAGACUGAUAAUCCUACUGUAGUACCUCCUAGUGAAGAGUCGAUUACUCCACCUAAACCAUCUCGAUAG